CAACAGUGACAACCAACAACAGUGACAACAACAACAACAAAGCUACCCGAGAGCGGUUUGUGUGUUUUUGUUUUUUUGUGAAAUGUUGAAGCCCUUGAUUUUAAGCACAAGAUACGUUCAUUAGUCGUCGCAAGACUUUUCGUGAUCGUAAACGCGUUUCGCCAAACCUCUUGAUCUUGGCCAACAUGGCUUAGCCAACGGUAAAAUCCAAUUCUAAACACAUCCCAAAAAGAUAUCUAUCGCAGUGCGAUCUCUGAAAAGUGUCAAGUGUUCAAGUGCCGAGCUAAAAAAAUGUGCUGCAAGCUGUAAAAAGAUUAAUGCCAAAUUAAAGCAAAAGUAAAAUCAUUGCAAAAUCCUCAGCGUCAAAUGGCGAGUGCUUAAUGUGGGUUAGGGCCUAAACUAGCACAAAUUAAAACACACACAUACCACACACACACAUAUACAUACACCCGCACAACAAUUCAGCGACACAACAAAUAGACACAAAUUCACACAUGCCAGUUAAAAGACAACAACAACAACAAUAACAACAACAACGACAACAGAAGCAGCAGCAAAUUUAUGGUUGGUACUCGGUACUCUGGGCCAAAUGGUACCACGGCCAGCAGUCGGUUAGGGAAAAAACUAACGGAAUAAUGCAACAUUAAGCAAAAUGCUGCUGGCCCUGCUAAAGCUAAAGCAAAGCCCAAACCGCCACCACCACCGCCAACAACAACAACAACAUCAACAUCAGCAGCAACAUCAACACCACCAACAACAGCAACAGCUACAGCUACAGCAACAACAAGGAGAACCACAACAACCUGCAACGUCGUCGUCAUCAUCGUCAUCGCAGUCACCGUUACCACGAACAUAGCUGGAGCUAGCUAGCUGGUGCUGUGUAGCCGCCGUAUAAAAUGGAACCCUCAUAUGAUCACGAACAUCCACAUCAUCUGCUAACAAAUUACAAUGCAAAGAAGUAUCCGCACGUGUCACGGACACCGGAGUACAGCCACUCAACGGUGGGCAGCGAUUAUCCCGAGCACGUUGGCUACCUCACCGACGGGCGACUGCUGCACGAGAGUCCCAGCGAUGGCAUCUACCAUGUGCGACAGGGCAGCGAGCAUUCGUCGCCCUCGCUGCACUCGCCAGCCAUACAGAGUGCCGGCUAUGAGAACGAGCACUCGAUGAACGAGGCGGCGCUGUCGGUGCACAGUCACAGCCACUCGCCCAUGGUGUCCAGUGGCUACAGUGUGGGCACAGUGGGCGGCAGCAGUGCCUCCUUGAUCAGCAGCAAUAUACCGCUGCUGGGCGGCGGCGGAACAUCGAUGCUGAACAAGUUCUUGUCGCAUCCUGGCCAGGAUGAAUGUGGAGUGGCAGCGCACUCACCAAUUGAGGCAGCGGCAGCGGCGUCCAUGUGGAGCUACGACUACAAGGGUGACAUUUGUGCACCCAAUUGCGGCUAUCUGGACCGGCACAAGGCCAUGCCCAGCGAUUUGAAGUACAGACCAGGCGGUAAUCAGUCAAAAAGUGCCAAAGAGUCGCGCAUCCGUCGGCCAAUGAAUGCGUUCAUGGUGUGGGCGAAGAUCGAGCGCAAGAAGCUGGCCGAUGAGAAUCCCGACCUGCAUAACGCCGAUCUCAGCAAAAUGUUGGGCAAAAAGUGGCGCUCGUUGACGCCACAGGAUCGACGUCCCUAUGUGGAGGAGGCUGAACGUCUGCGGGUCAUACACAUGACAGAGCAUCCCAAUUACAAGUAUCGACCACGACGGCGAAAGCAGUCCAAGCUGCGCACCAUGCAGCCCGGUGGCGCCAAGGAGCAGACGCAAAGUGGUGAAUCCUCGACGCAGUCGGGCGCAUCGAAGUCAACGCCAAAGCUGACAACGCCGCCGCUGGCAACGGCCACAAGUGGCAGCUACAACACGCCCACCGACGACAGCCGCAACUCCACGCCCCACAAUGUGUCCGCUCUCUAUGAGCAGCCGCUAAAGCCCAGCUACUCGCCCAGCUCUGUGGAUUGCUACAGCAAUGCGGACAGCACGGAACAGCUUGAGUCACUGGCCGGCAAUUGCAGUGAAUCCUCGCCAGCGACCACAAAUACCAGCUACGACAGUUCACUGCUGCUGAAGAAGCUAACGAAGCCGCCGCCGCCACCAAGUCGUGCCAGCAAACAGCGCAGCGAGAAACUCGCCCAAAAGGAGGACAAAUCCAAGUCCCAGCAGCAGCAACAGCAACAACAACAACAGCAGCAACAGCAGAGUCUCUAUGCCUCGUAUCCCUUGGCCAGCUCUGUGGCUGUGGUUGCUGCACGUGGCAUGUACGUGACGUGCAACAAUCGCGGUCUGCUCGAUCAUGGACACUCGGUGAAAGGCACCUUCUAUCCGCCCGUGUCCAGCGCUGACGAUGAGGGCAGCAGCUCCAUGCGCAGCAGCAAUGCGUUGCAGCAACAGCAACAUCAACAGCAACACUGCAACAGUAGCAGCAGCAGCAACACCAACAACAGUCUGCCCUUGGCGGCAUCCACAUCCAGUGUGAUAGCCAGCAGCGAUCUGAGCAGCUACACGGUGGCCAUGACCGAGAGCAACUGCAGCGGCAAUGGCAGCCUGCUGGGCAGCGUGUCCAAUGAUUAUUUGAGCGGUGUGAAUGCCAAUGCCUAUGGCAUGCAGUAUGAGGAUUUUCUACGCUAUCAGAGCAAUGAGCUGGACUACGAUCAGCUGAAGGAGGCGAGCAACGAUCAGAAGUGCGCCAAAUAUCCGGACACGAAUCAGAAUUACGAUGACUACGAGGCGGAGGCCUACAACAAUGCCAUGUUGCUGACGGCGCCAGCGCCGCCAACUGGCACCAGCUACUACACCCAGUUGCCCUACUCCAGUGGCCUGGCUGCCUUUCCGUUGCAGCUGGCUGUGCCCUUCCAGCAGACGACGACGACAACCACGACGUCGGCAAGUGCAGCUGGCUAUGCACAGCCGAUGCAGAGCAGUUAUCUGCACUAUGGCAACUAUUAUGAGGCCAAUGGAGCGGCCAGUCAACUGUUGCCACCACAAUCUGCAGCCGCGGGAGGAGCAGCAGUAUCAGCAGUGUCCUCGCCAGCAACAUCAGCAGCUGGACCAACAGCUAUGGCCAUGCAGCAUCAUCAUCCACAUCCGCAUCAUCAUCAUCCGCAUCCGCAUCAUCAUCACUUUGCUGCCACUGGAGGCGCUGCAACCGGCAUGGUUGGCGUCGGAGUGGGUGAGAUGCUUUUCGAGCAGCAACAGCAGCAGCAGCAACGCAAGGAUGACGAGAUUAGCAAUAUUCUGGCCGGUGUGCGCAAAACCUGCUACAGCAAUUGACCCAGACCCAAGAAGUUGGAGCUGAAGCUGGAGCUUGGAACGUAAAGUUGUUAUAUUUGCAAGUAGAAAUUAGAGUUUUAGGCACUUGGUAUUAGGUACUCAUAAGCAAUUUCCCAUUAUAGUUGGACAUCUAUAAACAUUUUUGUAUGAUUAACGCGUUUAAACUAUGUUUUAUGUUUUAAGUUAGCUUGCAUUGAAAUAAAACAUAAAAAUUAUCUUUGAAAAGUGUGGAACGCAUUUUUGACAGAUGCCACAAUGUGCAAAACAUCUGACAGCAUCUUGCUGGACUUGCCACUUGC